AUGGUUGAAGAUUCAAGAGUAAGAGAUGCCAUUAGAGCAGGGGAACAAAAAGCCUUACCAGCAUCUUUAGUACCCAAAGCACCAACAGUCUUAACUUCCAAAGAUAAAACAACCCAAAGAUUGAUUGUUGUAUUGUCCAUGGCUUCAUUAGAAACAUACAGGAUUUCAUCAUCAGGACCAGGUGGUGAUAAGUAUGUUUUAUUGAAUUGUGAUGAUCAUCAGGGUAUAUUGAAAAAAAUGGGUAGAGAUAUAAGUGAAGUUAGACCAGAUAUUACACAUCAAUGUUUAUUGACUUUAUUAGAUUCACCUAUCAACAAGGCUGGUAAAUUACAAGUUUACAUCCAAACUAGUAAAGGUGUUUUAAUUGAAGUUAAUCCAACUGUUCGUAUACCAAGAACUUUCAAGAGAUUUUCUGGUUUAAUGGUUCAGUUGCUACAUAAAUUAUCCAUUAGAUCCGUCAAUUCUGAAGAAAAAUUAUUAAAAACUAUUAAAAACCCAAUCACUGAUCAUUUACCAACAAAAUGUCGUAAAGUUACUCUAUCAUUUGAUGCACCAGUUAUUCGUGUACAAGAUUAUAUGAAGAAACUAGAUGAUGAUGAGAGUAUAUGUGUUUUUGUAGGUGCUUUAGCUAGAGGUAAAGAUAAUUUUGCUGAUGAAUUUGUAGAUGAAAAAGUUGGUUUAUCAAAUUACCCAUUAUCUGCAUCUGUUGCAUGUUCUAAGUUUUGUCAUGGUGCUGAAGAUGCUUGGGGUAUUUUAUAG